GGAAAGAAUGUUCAGUUCGAUGGUUCUGCAUGCCACGAACCGCUAAACCAGUCGGUAUCUCUUCAGUAUACUCUUUGCUCUCUUCGUUUGAACAUUUGGCUGGCUCGUAGCAGCACUCGUAGUGCACUUCAAGUCCCCCUAGUGACAACUGACAGAUUAACGAGUAAGCAUCACGCCCGUCAUGUCGAAUCCUGUGAGUCCCUCGCUUAAGGAUCUGCCCAAGGUCGCUCUGGAUUUAAAGAGUGAAUUGGAAGGCUUCAAUCAUGGCGGUAUGAAGAAAGCUGCCACUGCCGAGAAGAACGUGUUGCCCUCGGCCGAAGACGUGCGACAGGAGAAGCAGCACUCUGAAUUAAUUCACGGAGUGGAGACCUUCAAGCCGGAUCGUUUGAAGCACGCUGAUACCCAUGAGAAGAUUAUUUUACCCAAUGCCGAAGACGUCGCUGCUGAGAAGACUCAACAGACUCAACAAACCGUGAUCGCUGGUAUUGAAAAAUUCGAUCCAGCCAGGUUGAAGCACACUGAGACCCAAGAGAAGAAUCCACUACCCGACAAAUAUGUCAUUCAACGAGAGAAAGGGAAACAAUUGAUUUCCGGUAUCGAGAGCUUUAAUCCUGCCAAGCUGAAGCACGCAGAAACUCUCGAGAAGAAUCCUUUGCCAACGAAAGAAGCGAUCGACGCCGAAAAGGUCUCCGCUUAAGGAAACGUUGCAAAGAAGAAGUGUAAGAAGAAAACAAACAAAAGUACCGGAUAAACGAUAACAAGAACAACAUAACGCCAUCAAGAAGAAGGAGCUCUCGAUGUUUCUUCCAUUUUCUUAUAUCCUGAUAUCUCGUAACGGUCAUCAACCAUAUUACCGAUACGAUUCCAUCGCGAUAAUAUUUGUGUAAUCUUUCCUAGUACAUACUCGUAUUCUCGCCACGAUUUAUAUUGCCCGAUGUGGUUUUAUUCGCCGGGAUGGAAAAAUGGCGACGGGUUCUUUAUAAACAUUUAUACAUAUAAAUAUAUAUAUAUAUAUAUAUAAGCGUUGCUUUGGCUUUAAUAAGAAACAAUUAUAUCGUAGAUUGUGUCGAUGAUCGCUUUCCAAUAAGUCGUCGCUCAUUGUCGACUAGGCGUGUAGUAGUCGACAGGGUUUUGAAGGAUAAAAGAAAAUCGAAGCAAGAAUAAUAUAACAAUAAUAUAACUGCCAUUUUUUAAUGAAAUAUACAGAAAUGUAACCGUCGCCCCAUUUUCAUCCCCCAACUCGAGACUCGCGAAAGGGUUAUAUUUUUUAACAAGAAAGCUGCUCGCAGGCAAGCAUUAUUUUCAAUAGCAGCAAUAAUGGCGGAACAUAUUGCAUUAUACGAGCGCAGAUAUCGACAAUUGGGUAUUCGAUUGGUGUACUCGUGUAAAAAUCAUAUUUUAUAUAACGGGCUAUUGUACUUUUUUAAUAUUCAUGCACACCGCAUUUUAUCAUAACGAUAACAAUUAUUAUGAUGAAUAAUAAAAAGAUCAUUUGUAA